CAAAGAAGAAUUUUGCURCGAAUACAUCGAUUCCUAUAUUCUUUACAUGUAAAGAUUUUCUGGGGAUGGCAACAGCUCAAAAACUUCGAGAGGAGACAAAGUCAGUCAGUUGGUCCAGUAUUUUCCCRCAAGAGCAAGUAACAGAAACACAGUCUGCUCUUUUUGUAAAGAAACUACUUGCUGUUGCGGUUUCAAGUAUAACGUAUCUGAGAGCUAUCUUUCCUGAGCAUGCAUUUGGAGACAGAAGACUUGAAGACCUAAACCUGAAAAUAUUAAAGGAUGACAGUGCCUGCCCAGGUGCUUGCCAGGUUAUUCAGUGGAUCAAAGGAUGCUUUGACGCACUAGACAAGAAAUUUUUGCGCAUGAUUGUCAUAGGGAUAUAUGUAGAUGCAGAAGAUCCAGAUACAAUAAUUGAGUCAUACACUUUCAAGUUUACCUACAACAAGGAAGGAAUGACAAUUUUAAGGAAUGGAAAUAAGAUUGCAAGUGCAUACACUGAGGCCGAAACCAAGAAAGCCACAAUUCGUCUACUAAGAACAAUAAUCAUCUUAACCCAGACUUUAACUUCACUUCCUGAUGAUGUUAUGAUGACCAUGAAGCUCCUUUACUAUGAUGCAGUCACGCCAUCAUCGUACCAGCCUCCUGGAUUUAAGGAAACACCCGUCAGCACGUUCCAGUUUGAAGAAGAGCCAAUGAAUAUUAAAGUUGGCGAUGUUUCCACGCCAUUUCAUACAGUAAAACUUAGAAUCAAGACCGAAUUCCAUCAGUUUGACCUCAAGGACGAGGAAGGAGAUGAUGAAGACAGUGUUUYGAUAAACGUUGACGGCAGUGAUGUGGAUGAAGAGAGAAUKCAAGAAGUAAAGACACCCAAUAAGGCACUAGAUGAAAACAUCAAGAACGAUUUGAUAACAACACMUSUGACUUUAAGAAACAAUAAACGCAAGAAGCCCUCAUCAAGCACCUCUGAUCAGGCAGUUCCAGGUACAGCAGAACCCUCAAUGGAAUGCGAUGAUAUCCCACUAGAAACCGCACACGUGCCCGAUUUGAGUGAGACCGCAGAUGGAUUUCCAGAGGACAUAACAUUGGCCAAACGCACAGAAAAAAAGCAUGGGAAACAAUCUGGAAUGGAMAAUGAGCCAAAUGUCGACUGCUCAUGUACCUACAAUGAGGACGAUGGUCUCAUGAUUAUGUGCGGCAUGUGUAACACAUGGCAACAUGCCGUGUGUUACGGCAUACUGGAUGAGAACGAGGCUCCUGAACUCCAUAUCUGUGCUUCCUGCUCAAAGAAAGAUGGAGUUACCAAAUGCACCGAUCCUUCGCUGAGGAAUAUAAAUUCUGUGGUACUUCAGUCGACGUGUCUUUGGCGAAGAGCGAUAUCUGCAUGCACAGAAAUGAGCAGGAUAUUACCCACAAUGCUAUCAAGACGACUCGGAAUUGAAAUGACUGUUGCACAAGGAUUAAUGAACAGACUUGAAAAAGAAGGCUUCAUUCGCCCACCGCUUAAAGGGAAAAGACUUGGGAAAGUUAUCAACAAAGCAAAGCUUAAAGCGCAAGAUCUAAAGACCUACAUAAAUAAUGAAAUAGAAGAAAGGAACAAAACAURUCAAAUGUUAGCUUCAGUCGACAAGAAAAGUGUCCCUAGCGUGGAUAGCCUUACAGAAAAGGCAUCUAACAUGGACGUGUCAGGUAGACUAAGAACACGAAAAACAAAGGGUAUAGAUCAACCAAGCAAACAAAGCAAAGGAAAAGGAAAGAGAGUUAUUUCAAAGGUCGACGGGUAUCAUGAAUUUGAAAUAUCUGAUAGUCAAGAACCAACACAAGAUGAUGAGGCACCUGCCAGGAAGCGAAAGGCAAGCAUUGCCAGUGAGGCUAUCCUUGUAUAAACUGACAUACCUCGUUGGUCUUUCUGAAUAGCUUUCUCUGCAAGUGUUUUUUGCUGCAUUUACAUUAUUUAGUGGAGACUCUUAGUCAAAACUAAGGAGCUUAGUUUUAUUAGUUUUAGAUCCCAGUUGUGGCAGAGAAUUGUUCCCGAGGAUCGACGUAUCAAUAUAGUUUCCCAUUGCAGCUGAGUCUAGAAACUUCAAAUUGAUAGGGAAACUAUCUGAAUGACRGURGUUUCGGUAAAUUGCUCUCUUAAAUUUGGGCCGAUUUAGUAUUUAGAGUUCAGUCUAAUAAGUUAUAAAAGUCAAAAACUUUUUCUGCAACUGUAUAUUUAUUUGGCCAUUUAGGUUUACGAUUAUCAUGUCAACCAGCUAUAACAGCAGWUAUUUUCAGUUACUUGCGGUUUUAGACUAAGAAGAAAAAGAAGAAAAAGUAAUAAACAUUUUGAGGGAAUGA